GCUGACGGUAUUGCCUCCCUGUGUCAACUCAAUGUUGUAUCAUAAUGAGAGAGAUUUGUUAAGAAGUUUCGUGUGAAAGGUGUUGGUGUUUGUAUGUUUUACUGAUCGCCGAGGCAUGGAUUUUGAUAGCCAGGUGGUACCAAGAACGGGUGGUUUUGGCCGACAUAAUUGGCGUUUAGCGGCUAUCACCUGGGUCCCUAACAUCGUUUUGGCACUUAGCUUCUAUAGCGAGCUGUUCUUUACAUGGGUACCGACGCACGAGUGCAGACCUGACGUAGAACUGCUCCCCGCGUGGCUGCACAACCUGACGGUGGAAGCGCUGCGGAACGUUAGCCUGCCCGUGAAAGAGGAGCUGCGGCGCUGUCAGCUCUACCGGUACGGGGCUAGUAUUGAGGGUACAGCGGAGGAGCUGUUAAACAACCGUAGUCUUGUACCAUGCACCCGUGGCUGGGAUUAUGGAGCUGUGGCAGGCUUGGAUAAUAACGUUGUCACCAAGUGGAAUUUAGUAUGUCAUAAUUCAUGGAAAGUUCCAUUGGAACAGAUCAGUUAUACAGUUGGUUGGAUUGCUGGAUACCUUGCUCUGGGAUUCGCCUGUGACAGGUUAGGUCGGCGGACCACCUUUGUGGUGUCUUUGGUCCUUGCUGUCCUGUUUGGCUUUGGUGUAGCAGUCUCACUGGAUCCCAUUAUGUUUCUUCUUCUACGAGUUUUUCAAGGGAUGGCUUUGGCCGGAGUAUUUCUGUCCAUCUACAUAAUCAGACUGGAGCUUUGUGACCCUCCUCACCGACUGAUGAUUACCAUGAUUGGAGGCCUGUUUGCAGUUGCUGGGCAGCUUCUGUUACCAGCGCUGGCAGUGUUGUGCAGGGACUGGCGGAUCCUUCAGGGUGUGAUUACUUUUCUUUUACUGCUUCUCACCUUGUAUGGCUGUUUUCCAAUUUGGUUUCCAGAAUCAGCUCGUUGGCUUUUGUCUACCUGUCAGUUUGAAAAAUGUAAGAAGGUGCUGCAAAGCUUUGCUGAGGGAAAUGGAGAGAACCUGGAGGAUGAACUUUACAGCCAAGACCAUCUGUUUUCAGGUAAUAAUUAA